AGGCAGCAUCCACACUCCACAGCUCCAUCCGUUCCUUCUGCCACGGUCCCUCAAUCUCCAACUUCUCACCGGUUGGUUAGUUCGUCGACCCAUCACAGAUUCGCAGUUCGUCCGUCCAUGACGAAGCACCAGAGACCAGCAGCAGACCGGGCCGUGUCCCUCUCCCUCUCCCUCUCCCUCGGCGCCGUGGCCGGCCUCAAGAAGAAGAUGCGCCGCGCCGGUGGGGAUCAGUUCGUGUGCAAGACGUGCGGCCGCUCGUUCCCGUCGUUCCAGGCCCUCGGCGGCCACCGGACCAGCCACCUGCGCGGCCGCCACGGGCUCGCGCUCGCCCUCACCCUCACCCUCACCGCCGGGGACCAGUACCGUGUCAAGCCCAAGAGUACAACGGAUCAGAAGCAGGCGCACCGGUGCCACAUCUGCUGCCAAGGGUUCGGGACGGGGCAGGCGCUCGGCGGCCACAUGCGCCGGCACCGUGACGAGGCGGUGCAGGCGCCUCCCGUUCUGCUCGAGCUGUUUCUCUAGACUGAUCUCAGUAGUUAUAGUGCAGAGUUCCUGACAUGCAUAUACGUGCACACUCGUAGCAGUAGGUGUUGAUCAUUGGUUCGUUCAUUACUUCAUACGUGUACAUACAUUAGUUCGUUCUUUACAUAUUAUAUACAUUAGUUCGUUCGUUUAUGUUGUUUAACCGAACCAUAUAGUAUUUCUCA